AUGUGGAGACCUGCCGUCAAGACAUCCGGGACAAACGACGUCCCCCUCGCAAACAAGCGCCGCUUCGGCCUCCCAGAGGAAGCACCCCCGCCCCCCAAUGCCCCGCCCCAUGCCUCCCGACCCCCAGCCGACCUGCAGUUCUUCAACGGGCGACAGGAGAGAGCCCCGCGCGACGAAGCCCCUCCCAGGAGAGACGACCGCAGGGAUGACCGAGACUAUGGGCGCGGAGGUGGAGACUAUGGAAGGAGGGAUGAUUACAGGCGAGACGAUAGGGAUAGGGAGAGGAGGUACGAUGAUUAUCCUCCCAGGGAUGCCGGGAGGGACCCUAGAUCUUCGAGGUGGGAUGAGCCUAGACGCGAGCCUGAGCCGCAGAUGGGCCGUUCGCGAGACAGAGAAGAGGUUGAAGAUGGUCCCCGAAAACGACGCUCUCGAUGGGGUGAUGCCGACGCCCGUGUGAACGUCCCUGGUAUGCCUGUUACCGUCAUGGGAAACAUGUCUGGCUCUCAGCUCGACAACUACGCCAUCCAUGUCCGUUUGGAAGAGAUCAACCGCAAGUUGCGUACCGGCGAUGUUGUUCCCCCCGACGGCCAGCGCUCUCCUUCGCCCCCGCCCAACUAUGACUCUUAUGGGCGACGAACCAAUACCCGCGAGCUGCGGUACAGGAAGAAGUUGGAGGAUGAGAGGACCAAGUUGGUGGAGAGGGCGGCGCAGGCGGACCCAAGUUUCAGGCCGCCAGUCGAUUUCCAGCAGCGCAGAGGUGGCAACCGUCCCCAGGACAAGGUCUACAUUCCCGUCAAGGAAUUCCCCGAAAUCAACUUUUUCGGUUUGCUCGUCGGGCCGCGUGGUAACUCGCUCAAGAAAAUGGAGAGGGAGAGUGGCGCCAAGAUCAGUAUUCGUGGUAAAGGAAGUGUCAAGGAGGGCAAAGGCCGAGCCGGUAACUUCCCCAAUGACGAGGAGGACGAGUUGCAUUGUCUGAUUACGGGAGACUCUGAGGCCGUGGUCAAAUCAUGUGUCGCUUUGAUCAACCGGGUUAUCGAGACUGCUGCAUCCACCCCCGAAGGCGAGAAUGAUCACAAGCGCAAUCAACUUCGAGAACUUGCAUCACUCAACGGUACUCUGCGUGACGACGAAAACCAGCUCUGUCAGAACUGUGGUGAAAAGGGUCACCGUCGCUGGGAAUGCCCUGCUCAGCGUGUCUACAGCGCCAACGUCAUCUGUCGUCUUUGUGGUGGCGCUGGCCAUAUGGCAAGGGACUGCCGAGGACGAGGUGACCCCAAUUUGCAACAGAACAAGCAGACGGCGUUCGAUUCAGAAUAUACGGCUCUGAUGGCAGAGCUUGGUGAGGGUGGCGGUGGCGGUGGUGGUGGUCCCCCCAUGGGUGCCAUCGGUGCUGCUCCCGGGCAGGGAAAUAUCCCUCCCGAGUCCCGAGUACCGCCCUGGAGACAGCCCGAGAACUGGCAGACCAACGCUGGUGGCUACCGCGGUCCCCCCGGCUACCAGCCCCCCCAACAAGGUCAAGGCUGGCAGCAACCUGCCGCUCCCGGUGGGCAAGCUGCGUAUGCUGGUUACGGUGGUUAUCAACAAGGCGCUGCUGAUCCUUAUGCUGCUUACUACGCCUCGAUGGGCCAGCAAGCUCCCACCGCUGCCUAG